AUGAGAGAGGAAAUGUCAUUAGGACGCCAGGAGGCCUUUGAAAUCUUCAAGAGGGACCACGCUGACAGCGUGACCAUUGAAGACAACAAACAGAUUCUGAAGCAGAGAUUUUCUGAAGCAAAGUCCCUGGGAGAAAAUAUAAAUGAAGCAAGAAGUAAAAUCGGUCACCUGAAGGAAGCAAUCACCCAGCGGCAUCUGCAGCAAGCAGCUCUAGGUCCUGGCUACGAUGGCACAUCCCCGGAGCCGUUCAACCGUGACCUGCCCCCGGUCACCACGGCGGCUCUGUCCUCCAGCCCCACACACCUCUGCGAGAGCACCAGCCCUGUUUUGUAUAAAACCAUGUUCACGCGCCUGAAGGCCCUGAAGGUGGAGAUCGAGCACCUGCAGCUGCUCAUGGACAGAGCCAAGGUGAAGCUGCAGAAGGAGUUUGAGGCCUGGUGGGCAGCGGAGGCCAGCAGCCUGCAGGUGGACCCUCUGGCAGGGAACUCACCCAGUCACACGCAGCCGCUCCCACCCAGGCCCGGACCCCAGCAUGAGAGGCCCCCGCUUCUCUCUAACCAGAGUGUGUAUAGCAGGAAAAUCCUGCCCUCGCCUCGCCCCAUCCUGCCCAGCCCGGAGGAGACGGGCCCUCGUGCCUCCCUGGACGACAGCAUCCCUGAGAGGCGGGCCUCGUCCGUCCCCCUCACCGGAGACAGCCAGACGGAUUCCGACAUCCUGGCAUUCAUCAAGGCCAGACAGAACGUUCUGCAGAAGAAAUGUGGUCAGCUCCCUUUGCCCCCUGACCCCAAAGCCAGCGAUCCCUGGCUGGGUCCUCGCCACACAGGAGGGCUGAGUGGAGGCCUGGCCUGUGGCGUCCCUGGCUGGAAACGCCAGUUCUCCUGCAGGUGUGGCCUCGCCAAUGAGGUGUCCAAUGAGUGCAGCAUCGGCAUGAGCUGUGUCUCCAGGGAGCCACCCACCCUGCGGUCUAAGGACAUGGCAGCACCCAGAGAGCCGCGGAUGGCUCAGGAGCUCCGCAGUGUGGGCGCCCUGGGGCACUGCAGGAUUGGGGCUGAAACUCCCACUCCCACCAGGAAAUAG